GAAGAAGAAGCUCAAGCUAGCUAGACAACACAAGAGUAUCCACGAAACCCAACCACAAGGAUCACCAACGAGAUGCAGCAAGCGAAGGUGAAGGUGAAGGACGGCUCGAGCGCGCUGAGGGCCAAGGCGAAGAUCGCGUGGGCUAAGCUGGCGGAGAAGGUGGAGGCGGCGACGUCGAGGUCGCACGACGAGCGUCAGCUGGCGCACGAGCGCGGCAGGGCCAAGGUCGCUGCCGCUGAGGCGCAGCUGCACCAGGAGAAGGUCGCGCACCGCGAGGCCGCCAUGGAGCACCGCCUCCACAAGCACGCUGGCGUCGGCGGCCACAACCACAAGCACGACGCCGGUGGCGUGCACUGAGGCGUGACGCGUCUAGGGAGGCUGCCACCGUGUGAUUUCCUCUAUAUUCUUUCCAUUUAUGUACUGUUACAUACGCGUGUCGUGGUUAUUUGGUCAAGUUGUAUCCGGAGUGCCAUGUGAAUUGUUGACGUUAUGGACGUUUUUAUGAUUGACUAACUAAGAAACGAUUUUUUAAAA